AUGUCGCAGAAGUUGAAUGCCAACGCGAAGGAGUGGCGGCCGGCUGGUGAGCUUGCAGCGUUCAGGCUUCCUGCCUCUACGAGUGAGAAGGAUGGCGACUCUGUCGUAGGAAACAGUGCCGCCGCAGACGUCGUCGCCGACGACAACAAUGGUGGUACCGUGCCACCCUUAUUGCCGCAAAACCAGCAGGAAAAACAAGAGCAACAAGAGCAGCAGCGGAAUAUGCGGACUCUUGACGCCGUCACAGAGUCGCCGGUGUACUAUCCUUCGUUCACGCGGGCAGGGCCGUCUGCGGUUUUGGCAGGUGGCGUCGCAGUGGAGCUGGAGGGGGUGAACUGGGCGGAGGAGUUUGAGCGCGUCAUGGCUCUCACGAAGGAGCUCAUUAAGCGUCAGAUGCACAGUGAGCAGGAAGCCGCCUCCGCCAGGUUGGAGGGAGGCCACGUAGGCCACCCCAAGCCGGUUCGUAACCCCAGCGUCGAUCGGACGUCACCACAAAAGUCACAAAGCGUAGUUAGGGCCACGGACGCCAACCGGUUCCCUGCGCUGCCGGGUGCAGACGAGGUACGGCCACUAGUGAGCGGCAAGUGGGUUAACGCAGCCAGAGUGCUGCUUCCCCCGUCCAACGCCAGUGGUGGGGGCGAGGGACACGCCUACACGACAUCCACAUCCACAACCACAGCGGCGCCCACGCAUCCCCCUGCACCCGCAUCUGCCGUCACAGAGUUGGACGAAAACGGUAGGCCGCUUCCGCCGCUAACGGCAAAAGGCAACCGGAGGUGGAAAAAACCCACAAAAGCGCAACAAAAACGUGAGAUGGCGCAAAAAAACGCAUUUGAGGCCUUUGCAAACGCACUCUUGCACAGCAUUUCCCCAUUUAUGUUGCCGCUACGGGAGCGGUGCAAAACGUCGCUUCCACACAUUAAGGUUGACCAACGUUUUGGGAAGAGUGGCCAACCGCAGACGGCCGUGGCACAGUUUGUCGUAGCACCCUUGGUGACGAACUACAGACCACGGCACUUUCAUGAUCUAACCCCUGGCGAUUUGAUGGAGUUCCACUACGACUUUGCCCAGGUACUGAAGCAACUAAAGUCCGCAAGCGACAUACUGUUUGGUUAUGGCCCAGUGUGGAAACGGUAUGCGGUGCCCUACUGUUACGUGAGCUGCAAGGAAUACAGGCAGGAAGUGUUAAACUUGUGCCCAGACGAGGUUCCCAACAUGCGUAUGGAGGCCAUCUAUGAAGAUGAUAUAGUGAAGGACAUCACAGACGUGGUUCUGGCUGUAGAAGAGCUGGAACCGUUGCAAAGCAUGUCGAUUGCUCAGGCAAUGAGUCGUCGGGUAAACUUGGCCCCCCUCUUCGACGCAUUUGACGCCAUCUUUAAGCCAAUUGAAAACUACCGCAUCAUCAUACGUGACCUGCAUCAUGCACCGUCUACAUAUCUGAUUCAGGCCUCGCAUCACGAGAUACAGCAAAAGCCAUCCCCUCUCGUGCUUUACAACGACCCCAAUCUGUGGUACGAGCUUCCCGUGGUUAGCCGCAUAAGAGUAGAGGAGAAAACGACGGAUGAGGCCUUUGAGCACCCUGCAGCAAACACCCCAAAGACUGCGGUUGUCUCCACCAAGAGCGCAGGGGGAGAAUCCAAAUUUGGAUCGACUUUCAGAAAUGACUGCAGCACUUCAGCUGAGCACGGCGCUCAAGUUAAAGGCUCCAACCCGGGUCAAAUGUACCCGUUGGCCGUGAUGGCACCCGUGGUGGGGAGCGUCCUUUGCGUGCUUCUGACGGCCUGCAUCGUGUGGCGGCGCAGGUCCGGUCAGUAG